CUCGAAAUUGACGUGUAUGAACGAUGCGCCGUGUGUAUGGAAAUUUAUUUUUUGGUUUACUAUGCGACCCGAAGGUGGGGUAGUAGUUUGUAAUCAUGGCGGACCCGUUAAGCUUGCUAAGGCAAUAUAAUGUUAAUAAAAAAGAAAUAAUCGAACGUGAAAAUCAAAUUAUUUUUGGCGAAUUCUCGUGGCCGAAAAAUGUAAAAACUAACUAUUUGACAUAUGGAUCUGGCAAGGAAGGAACACCAAAGGAAUACUACACUCUUGAAUGCCUUCUAUUUUUACUCAAACAUGUACAACUUACACAUCCUGUAUAUGUGCGACAAGCAGCUGCAGAAAAUAUACCAGUUGUACGCCGGCCAGAUAGAAAAGAUUUAUUGGCCUAUCUCAAUGGUGAAACAGCAACAUCAGCCGCCAUAGACAAAUCUGCUCCAUUGGAAAUCCCUACUCAAGUUAAAAGGACAGCUGAAGAUGGAUUGGAGAGUGGGUCAUCUAAAAAGCCUCGUUUUGAAGACACACAUGUUCAAAAAGUUAAAGAGCAACUUGCAGCUAGAUUGGAUGCUCCAAAGGAAGCAUCUGUCACAGUAGAUAAUAUUAAAUCUCUUUCUGAAGCAAUGUCUGUUGAAAAAAUUGCAGCUAUUAAGGCUAAACGUUUAGCUAAGAAACGUACCACAAUUAAAGAAAACGACGAUAUUGGAAUGGGAUCUGAUCUACGUGUUAUAUUAAUGGAUGUUGAUGAUACAAAAGACAUAGUUUCUAGGGAAAGACAAUGGAGAACACGUGCAACCAUUUUACAGAGUAGUGGGAAAAUAUUUGCAAAAAAUAUAUUUGCAAUUUUACAGAGUAUUAAAGCUCGCGAGGAAGGUAGACAAAAAGGUCCUGCUGUACCCACACCAAUGGUCACACCACGUUCCACACCAAUGCGUCCUUUGCCACAACCAGCUGUCUAUAAUCGUUAUGAUCAAGAAAGGUUUAUUAGACAAAAGGAGGAAACAGAAGGAUUCAAAAUUGACACAAUGGGUACUUAUCAUGGAAUGACUUUGAAAUCUGUAACAGAAGGCACUAAUCCCGCAGUCAGAAAACCGCCAAGCAAUCCAUCUGCAACUCCUAAUUCUGGUUUGCUACCAACUUCUGCCGCUAAACUUACUCCGCAACAAGCAGCGCAAAAUAAGCGACCAAGCAGAACUCCUAUCAUCAUCAUUCCAAGUGCAAACACAUCACUGAUUACGAUGUAUAAUGCGAAAGACAUAUUACAGGAUCUAAAAUAUGUCAGUAACGAAGAAAAACGUACACAAGGUUGUAAACGAGAGAACGAGGUCCUUUUGCAGCGUAGAAAGGAAGGUGGUCUUACUGUUCCAUACAGGGUAGUGGAUAAUCCACAGAAACUUACGAAUGCAGAUUGAGAAAUUUUUUCAAAAAUUUGUGCAUUUCAUUUGAAAUACGACGAAAUGAGACUAGACUCGAACGUAGCACGUUGGGCAGUAACGGUAAUCGAACUGAGUCGGACAAAAAGACACUUGGAUCGGGCAGCAUUAAUGGUAUUCUGGGAACAUCUUGAUAAACAUAUGAUUAAGAAUAAGCCACAUCUUCGAUUUUAAAUUUAAUAUCAUUAAAGACGGUAAUUAAUUUGGGUGCACGAUUUUCGCUAAAAGAUUAUAAAAUGAAGUAUUGUACAUAUUAUCGAGCAAAUUAACAUCUGUGUACAUAUAUACACACACAUAUUCAUGAAAUGCGAAAAUUUGUCCCGUGCGUCCUCAUUUGAAGAGUCCAAUUAUGGGAGCUUGGCAGCAAUCACUAUUAACAAAGACUAAUUCCUGUGCGUUCCCCUAAAAUAAACGCAUCUUCAAGGAGUCCGGACGUACAUCGAAAAUAGUUCAUACGCGUAACAUUAUUAAUCUUCCGAUUCGUUUUUACACAAUAUUCUGAAUUGUAAGAUUAAUAUCCAUAUGCAAUGUUCACGUAGUGAAGUCCUUAAUGUGGUAUCGGUUACUCUAGUAUAAACUGAUGUGCCUAUUAUUAAGCGAACAACAAGAAGCAUUAUUCUUAAAACAUAGAAUAUGAAAAAUAACAUGUUUGGUAUAUUCAUAAUAUAUAUGUACCAAAAAUCGAAGCAACAUGAGGAAGUUAGAACAAAAAAGAAAAUGUUAUAUUCACGAUGUGGUACAUUCCGUGAAGCGUUUAUUAAAGAACCAAAUAAAGAAAGACCUGCACAUGUCGCUCAUGUAUCUCAGUGUUUGUCUUUUGCUUCCACCCACUGUUUCAGAGUGUAAAUGAAAGAAAAAUCCAAACGGAUUAUUCGUUCUCGACACGAUGUCAAGUUCUUUGUAAUUCGCUGCACGACGGGUUGGAGAAUUCCCCGGGGGGGUUAACUUCGAUGUUUUGCCUCCCUAAAAAGCGGAGCCAAAGUAAAUCGCUUCUGGGCAUCGACAGUUGCUCUACGAUAUCGGUACUGUUUAUACAGACAAUUGAAUCUUCCUAACUCAAUUACUGCCAUCCUAUUAGAUUAACAGUUACGCGAUAGCCGCCGCGAGAAACUUUCUAACCAGUUCUUGAAGAAAUACCUAAACAAAACAUCUCCCUUACAGACACUUCUCUUUACUGCUACGUGUUGUAAAUAACAUAUAAAUAGCCGAGCUAUUUACGUUGUUGUAGGCCAAGUUUGAGAAAGCCUUAAACCUCCGUUUACCCCAAGUAGUUUUGCAGCAAAAUAAACAAUAAAAAAAACAUGAACAAU